CGAGAGUUUCGCCCAUAAGUUGAAGUGGAACGCUCCGAGCUAAUAAUAGUACAGUGAAUUAGUUUAGGCCUUUUGACCAUUUCGAUUACACCUCUACGUACAGUAAGGCGUGCCGUAGCUCUUGCAAAAGAUCUUUUCGAGUAAGGGUGUCCAUAACUCUCACAAAACGCCGUCCAUUUCUCCUCGACCGCCGCUUCAUGUGCCCGCCAUGAAGCGACGCAAGCCUGCGCUCAGACCGGGAGACCCUCGGUGGCCCUCGGUGCUGUCCAUCGUGCAUGCGCCCUUUGGGCUGUUCCUGCUGGUGGCGCUGCUGGUGUUGUCGCUGGUCGUGGGCCGAGCGUCCACCAGCGCCAUACAUUUGAUCAACAGCGGUAAUUUUACAAACAGGGCCCGGGAGUGUGGUCGGGACCGUAAGCCUCUCCUGCAGCUGCAGUCGUUCUUCUUGGAUCAAGUGCAUCGCAACGCCUCAACCGCCACCUCCUUGUGUCACAAUCCUGACCUGCUUGAUGCCGUCGUCGGUUGCGGCAACAGCGCUAACGACGCGGUCAAGAGCCGCCUUACGAACUUCUGUCGAGCCUCGAGUUUCGCAGCCGGUCAGCCUCAGAUCAGGACCCGCCGUCGCACCGUCUCCCCAGCGGGUACGCACUUUAAAAAAGCCAUCACUCGCGAAAACGAUAAGACCAGGGGCCUUACGAGUGCCCCAGCCAAACGCAGAACUCGACCUGAAAACAGCAAGCCUAGCAGCAUCCCUGGCAUGACAGAGCUUCCUUUACGAGUUCAAAAGAAGUAUAAACGGAUCAAUAAUCUAAUGGCAAAGACAACAUGCAAGCCUCGUAAGAUGAUCCUGCCAAUUUUGGACGUGGCAAACCUGUCGGAAAACGAAAAGUCAGUGUACACGCACAGCUAUCACCUCGAACCUUGCAUGGUGGAAGUCACGCGUUGCGGAGGAUGCUGCACCAACGACCUUCUCGAAUGCUCACCUACCAAGAUCAGGACGAAAAAAAUACCGUUCCUGAAGCUCGAGAGCUCAAAUGGAGAGAGCACGGCUAACGAAGACAACACCGUGGAUUAG